AUGGUGAACCUGGAGCAUGCUGGGAUUGCUUUCCUCAUGGUGCUGGUGGCCGGCUUCGCUACAUGUGUAGGGGCAUCAGUGAUUUUCUUCCAGCGUUUGGUGAAGCUGGCAAGCAAACUGGUCCUGGCCGGGGGCCUGGCCUUUUCUGCCGGAAUCAUGCUCUAUGUCUCCUUCAUUGAGAUCUUUCAGAAGGCCAAGACAGGAUUCGAGGACGCUGGAAUGAAAGAGAACCACGCAUAUAUGGCAGCCACUGCCUGCAUGUUCGGCGGCAUGCUCAUGAUGCGGCUGAUUGCCGUUCUGACACACUGCAUGGACCCAAAGCACGAUGCACAUGAACAGGCUGUGACCAUUGGAAUUCCGCCCCUGGAAGCCCCAGAUACGACAAAGACCGUCAAGUCUCCAGAUUCAGAGGCUUCGGAGAAGGCGCUGAUGCGGAUGGGUCUUAACACAGCAUUAGCUAUUACCCUGCACAACUUCCCUGAAGGUUUGGCUGGCAUGGUUGCAGGCUUGAUCGAUCCCAGCGUGGGCUUCACCCUCACGAUGGCCAUUGCCAUUCACAACCUUCCAGAGGGCCUGUGCAUUGCCUUGCCAGUCUACUACUCCUCAGGAAGUCGCCUGAAAGGCUUCUUCCUGGCCACCCUUUCCGGAAUGUCAGAGCCUAUCGGAGCCCUCAUCGCAUGGGGCAUCGUUGCAAGCAGUGGAGAGGAUUUAAACGGCAUCAUCUAUGGCAUCCUGUUUGGCAUGGUUGGCGGCAUUAUGAUCAUGAUUGUUGUGCUUGAGCUGCUCCCGACCGCCCACCGCUACGACCCCAAAGAUGUCGUGGUGACUCACAGCCUGGUUGCUGGCAUGCUGGUCAUGGCUGCCUCACUGAUUCUCUUCAUGGUAUGA